CUGUAGGCAUUUGGUAAUUUGUAUUUUAUCUCAAAUAAUUUAAUGUGUUCUUGACCUGCAGGUUCUUGUUCAUUGUUCACUUACUUGAGUUAAUUUUUGCAAUUAGAUUGGUUUGAGCAAUUGAAUUUUUUAAAUUUUUUAUUUUUAAUGACUUUAUUGGCCUUCGAAUGCACAUGAUAAAUCACUAUAUUUCAGGUAAAUAUAGCUAUUUUAUUAAGUAAAUUAGAAAACUUUAACUUAAUGAAACCGGAAUUAACCCACUGGUUCUACCAUUGUACCAAUGAUCUUGCCUCUUGUCCAGGUUGGGUUGAAUAACUAUGGUUCUAUGUGAAAAUCCAAAAUGAUAUGGGAUUCGGUCAGGUUUUCGAGCAAACCUGAACAUGCACCCUCCUGCUGAUAGCUGCAUUGAUUUGGAAAAUACGACUCUAUUGACUUGGCGUAAUGUUGGGAGUUUGUGUCAAGUAGAAUUAGAACUAAAUUUCAUUUUUCUGUAUUUGAUGAAUGGCGCGAAAAUCAACACACCAACGACUAUUAAGAUGUCGACCACUCACAUUUUCUCCAUUUGGUCGUUCCAUGGCUGCAGUUGUAUCUAUUAACAAGGGCAGGCACAAGAUGCCAGGCUCCACGUUACGAACAAAAGACUGUCCCAGCUCUUCUGGUAAUGGGCAUCAUCAGGUUGAAGAUGAGAAUGGACAAGCUGACUCUUCCGAUGGUGAAGAGUUUGAAGAAGUUGUUCAAGCAGAUUUCGCCUUCUUUGAUCCAAAACCUAGCGACUUUCAUGGAGUGAAGGUCCUGCUACAGACAUACCUUGGCAUUAAGGAGUGGGAUCUCGGCUGCUUUGCAGACUUGAUACUGGGACAACCUACGGUAGGGACUGUUGUGAAGAUUGAGGAUGAUGAAGACGAUGCAGUAUACUCUGUUAUUACGGCUCUUAAUCUGGGAAGAUACCAGGAUAAUAAAUGCAUUAAUGAGCUCAAGGGUUACCUCCUUAAGGUGUGCAAGGAGAACGAUGUGUUGGCUAAAUUGAGGUCACUUAUGGGAGAGCAUGCCAGGGAUGUUGGUCUUGUGGUUUCUCAGCGUGUUGUAAAUCUUCCUCCCCAGCUAUUGCCACCACUUUAUGAUGCUCUCUUUGAUGAAGUCUCAUGGGCAACAGAAGAUGAGCCUACAGAGGAGCUUCAGAGUUCUUUUCGCUUCAAAUUUUACUUAAUUAUUAGUAAAAUAUACAAGCAUAAGAGUGUAGAUCAGAUUAAAGGGCCAAGUCGAAGUCAAGAUGAAGCUAUAAUGUACAUCAAACCUGAAGAUGAAGUUUUCCACAAGCUUAGCUCGUGGUCCUUCAGCUUUGCCUUGCCUGCUCAGCAUGCCUGCUCAGCAGGUUACAACAAAUGAGCUUAAAAGUUACCAGUUUACAGGUUUAGUGAUGGCCGUUGAAGCGAGUAAAGUUUCUACGUUCAGAAAACAGUUGCACUUGUUGAUAGAUGAAGAAUGAUAUAACAAGAGGUUUCACAAGGUUCUAGAGUACUGGCUUUUGUGUCAAAUCUAGUAUAUUGUCCAAGAGACCAGAAAUGGAGCCCUCAGAUUCAGGAUUUGUUGAUGAUGGAACUGGCAUCACAACUUCGAUGUCCAAGUCAAAUAAAAUUCUGAAAAGAAUUUGAUCACUUUGUAUGUUGAUUGACUGCCCUGGCUCGAUAGAACAUUUUUUGAGCUGUGCGCCUUUAUAUCGGAUAAGUUUGUUCUGUAUGAUUAUUGCAGUUUAUUUUCAAGGUACACUCUUGGUUUUAUUCAUUCUGUUGUGGCUCACUAUAACAGUUAUCUAAAUGAACAUGGUUUUCAUAUGCAUAUGAUGCUAGAUUUUGAUCGGGCAAGACAAAUCUCUAUUACACUUCAGUGGCUAUGUAAAAAAUGUGUGUGUGAUCAAAAUUUGGUAACUUGGUGUUUGAACCCUCUUGGGGGAAUAGUUUAAUUGGCUGAGAUUUGCCAAGAAAAAACAUUAUCCAUCAUUAUCAUUUUUGUUGAGGAUGAAUUUCCUUGCUCUACUAAGUGGGAUCUCAUCCAAUUGGGCAUGACAUUCUGCACCAAUUAAGAAUUGAAACGUGGUAACUGAUGUGGCUCAAUAAGGAAGAUUGACAGUGUUCUUGAAUGUUGAAGAGCUUCGGCUAGGUAACCCAAGUGUUAGGUGUGCUAUUUUGUAGGGUUGCCUUUGUCUUCGGCCACAGUUACGUGCUUCUACCAACAUCAAGAGAUUUUACGCAUUUUGCUCAUCCCUUUAUAAUUUUCACUCUUUUAUGUGAGAAGUCAUAAUUUAGCACUACUUGGUUUAAACUUGAUAUGGUGUUAAUGUAUUUCUUGGAUUCAAAUGACUUUUGCUUGAGAAAACAGGUUCAUGGCCUACUGCAUAUAAUCACAUUAAGGGGCAUGUGGAUGUUGCCAACAAAUAAGAAGACACUCUCUCCUCUGCCCUUCUCACGAGGGCAUAUCACUCCAUUGCUUGUCUAUGUCAUUGGGGCCCCAUACUAAAAUAAUAAAACUUAUUUUAACAUUUUUGAGGCCUUACAAUUGUGUCUGAGGAUUCAGAAAUAACAAUCAAUAUAUGCGUAGGAGGUGGACAUGAAGCACAUGGUAGCAGCUAGUUUUUGCUGUCUUUAAGGACCAUUUGGUCCUACUUGGGACAUUGAUUUAUCAUGGAAAGGAUAAUUGUACAUGAAUAUCCUCUUUUUUCUUUAUUGUUAACGUGUCGGUUCUUUUGGUUAUAUGAAAAGCCUUCUGAUUAGUUAUAGACGAUUACUUCAUAGAUUAUUAUUGAUCGCCUAUCGGAGAAUCUCUUCACCUCUUAACAAGAGGGAUA